AUGGCGAUCCCCCUCCCACCGCCGGAGAAGCUCAUUUUCGUCCAUCGGGAACCGAGCGGCAUCGCGUACGUUGUCAUCAACCGGCCGAAAUCCCUCAACUCCCUGACCCGGGCCAUGAUGGUCGACCUAGCCGCGUCGAUCAAGCAGCUGGCGUCGGACGAUUCGGUCCGGGUCAUCAUAGUCACCGGUUCGGGCCGGGCCUUCUGCUCCGGCGUUGAUCUGACGGCGGCGGAGGACGUGUUCAAAGGAGACGUCAAGGAUGUGGACACCGACCCCGUCGCCCAAAUGGAGCUCUGUAGGAAGCCGAUUAUCGGAGCCAUCAACGGGUUUGCGGUGACGGCAGGAUUCGAGAUCUCGUUGGCCUGCGAUCUGCUGGUCGCUUCAAAAGAGGCUAAGUUCAUGGACACUCAUGCCAGAUUUGGGAUAUUUCCUUCUUGGGGCCUGUCCCAGAAACUUACACGCAUAAUAGGGCCCAGUCGAGCUCGUGAGGCCUCCUUGGCUGCCACGCCUAUAACUGCCGAACAAGCUGAAAAGUGGGGUUUGGUCAAUCAUGUUGUCGAGGGAAAUGAGCUUUUGCAGAAAGCUCGGCAAAUUGCGGAGGCCAUGAUCAAGAAUAAUCAGGACUUGGUGCUGAGGUACAAAGCGGUUAUAAACGAUGGAUUUAAGCAAGAAUUGGGUCGUGCACUUGCUUUGGAGAAGGAAAGGGCUCACGAGUAUUAUGAUGGUAUGACUAAAGAGCAGUUUAAGAAAAUGCAGGACUUUAUAGCUGGUCGGGGCUCUAAGAAGACACAGUCGAAACUGUAA